GUUGAUGACAUUUAGCAGCACGCCACCAUAUGUACGACUGCAGACACACGAGAGGACGUAAUGUGACGGCUGCACGGUUUGUCGCGAGUCUUGGAGAAGUGACACGGAGCCAUGCGGGGAUGCGGAGGUCGAGGAGGUUUGGGAGAUUAAGACUGAGGCUGCCGGAGUGCCUCCGCGCCAUCCUCAUCAGCCGCCGUUAAAGCGGCUCGGGGUUUUCGGACCUUGCAGCAUCCUUCCAUCCGGACUCCAUGCUGUGCUUCCAGGAUGGGGACUAGUUUCUCCAACCUGACAGCUUUCCAGUCCCUGCACAUCGUCAUGCUGGGCUUGGACUCUGCGGGCAAAACCACGGUGCUCUACCGGCUCCGGUUCAACGAGUUCGUCAACACGGUGCCCACCAUCGGCUUCAACACGGAGAGGAUCCGGCUGGGUGGCGCGGGCACGUCCAGAGGGAUAAGUUGCCACUUCUGGGACGUCGGCGGCCAAGAGAAGCUGCGGCCCCUGUGGAAGCCCUACAGCCGCUGCACGGACGGCAUCGUGUAUGUGGUGGACUCGGUGGACGCCGAGAGACUGGAGGAGGCCCGGGCCGAACUGCACAAGAUCACGCGCUUCUCCGAGAACCACGGAACCCCGCUGCUGGUCAUCGCCAACAAGCAGGACCUGCCGCGGGCCCUUGACGUGGCGGACAUCGAGCGGCAGCUGGCCCUGUCCGAACUGAGCCCGUCCACGCCGUACCACGUCCAGCCCGCCUGCGCCAUCAUCGGCGAGGGUCUGCACGAGGGCAUGGACAAGCUCCACGAGAUGAUCGUCAAGAGGAGGAAGUCCCUCAAGCAAAAGAAGAAGCGGCAAUGAGGCAUAGCUAAAAAAAAAAAAAAAAAAACCUUAAAAUUAGCGCAAGCCUCCGUGUGAGGGAUGCCAAAAUGACCCUUUUCACUGCGGGGAUAUUCAGUGCUUAGCACAUUUAGUAGACCACCUGUCAUUUUUAUGACAAGUGCGAAUCGCUUUCAUGCUGACUGUCAAAUUCAGGAAUUUCUCAGCCGUGAGGAAUCCCAAUUGAAUUCAUUUUUCAUGUCCAAAUUUGCUGUGGCCCACCAGGCCUCACUGAGAAGUUGUGAAUCAGACAAGCAUAACAUUAAUAUUCGUCUGGAUUUUGGGAAACUGCACAUUUAAUAGCGGCACUUUUGCGGAUAACAUGAGUUUGAAAGUCACCGUUUUAGAGUUUAGCAUUAAAAAUAAGCAUGUGCCACAUUGCAAGUCUUUUUAGUCAUUACAAAAUAACCCAUUCUUAUUCUAAUACUAACUUCAUUCUUCUUUCAUACUCGCAUGUGAGGUGCCUCAUGGGCUUCUUGUAUGAAGAAAUCAAUUAAGAAAAGCAAUCAGCCGCUUUUUCAUCAUCUGACGUGAGAUACCUCAAAGUUGAGAGUGCAAAGAUUUAAAAGAGUCACAUUCGUACCUCUAGAACCCCUUUGCAAACUAUGACUACUAUGUAGAGGUGAUUAAUCAAUUAAUCAAUCAAAAUUAUAACUCAGAAUGCAUCGUCAGCUUUUUGACUCUAGGGUCUCCUCAUCUUUGGCUGUUGUCGGCUGUGUUCAGGAAUGAUGUGUCAAAUAAUGCCAAAAAAAAAAAGAAAAAACCUCAUUCGGCGUUAGCACACUCACACACAACACACACAUCCUUGUUCAGUUUAUUGCUGCGUACUAUUUUGCAAAGUUUUAUAGUGGAGCAGCUGGUUGGAAUAAUGGAGCUUCUUUAGUUAUCCAAGCAAUAAAAGAACACAAGGGAAGACAAGUAACUUUCGGACCAGUGUGUUUUUGGAAACAGUUAGUAGAAAGUCUUAGAUGCAUGGGCAUAAAAAAAAAAAAAACAACAUUAAUUGGAGACUCUGAAUUGCCCCUAGAUGUGAUUGUGAGUGCGAUUGGUCGAAUGUCUCCAUGUGCCCUGUGAUUGGCUGGCAACCAGUUCAGGGUGUACCUCGCCCCCUGCCCUUUGACAGCUGGGAUAGGCACCAGCACUCCUGUGACCCUCGUGAAGUGGCUCAGAAAAUGGAUGGAUGGCUAUAUGUACACACCUAUUUACCACAUGAUUACAUCAUUUCCAGUAGGUCUUGGUGAGGAUAGAGAGACCACAUAGAAGAUGUUUCAUGUUCAGGAUGGCUUGAAUUUGUGGUUGACAACUUGCUGUAAAUGACGUUUAUGCAUUCCAAAACAAAUUAAGAAUGCCACCAAUGACUUAUAAUUAACUGCCAUGAAGUCCUUGCACUCUGAUAUUUGAGAGAUGAUAGAGUGUGUUUCACAAUUGUUUAU